CUUAUAAAACGUUACGGUUCGAAGAUUCAAACCUUCAGACAAUGUAGCAUGGUGGGUGAGUGCAUGGCUCCAGUUGUAAGUUCAAGAACCUUUUUGUGUUGCUUUGCUAGUAGAACAUCCGAGUUCAACUAUUUUAUUUCUUGAUGAAAAUAAGUUAUGUGAGCAAAAUUUGAUCGCAGACAAAGUAUCCUUGACAGUGACAGUGACAGUGAAUAGCUAUAUGUUGUGUCAGCUAAUCGUGAAGAAGCGAGUAAAACAUUUGUUUGUCUCUUGGGGCUCUCUAUAUGAGAAGAAACUUACAAAGUAUAUUUCAAUACUUUCAUCAAAGUGACUUUAUUGAAGUCAACCAUAAACUGCAAUUCACUGUGUUCGUUCCAAACAAAAUACUUUCACGUGUGCUAUAUAAAUUUCUCUUUUAUCGAUUUAACUGACAGAAAAACAUCGAGGUAUUAUUUAGAAUAUUAAAAAAUAUUAAAACUUCAUUUCUUUGUGUGGUUUUCUCAAGGCAAACCAGUGUAAUUUCUAUGAUGUAAAGUUGACUCACAUCUCACACGGAUCUUCAAUAUUGGCUCUCACCAUUCCUCCGCGAUCCCACGUGUGUGUAAGUGCGCGGGUUGCGACAAGUAGUAGGUGUGAUCAUAUACUUACCUUCACAGGUGGUCCGUUUUUCAAUCACAUCAGAAACAACGGCGUUGCAAGACAAACGCGUGAAAUUUUUGUGAUAACAUUCGAGUUUAUUUUUUGUGAUUUAUUUACACGAUGAUUAUGAGGACGUUGUUCGCUGUUCAUCCUGUAUCUCUCUCAUUGGUGUUCGUAUUCACGGUCACUGCCAUCAGCGGCAAUUACAAUGAUAUUAAUCUACCGCGAGAGCACAUCAAGCAUUACUUCAACUCUUUUCCCACGGAAGCAGAAAAGUGCCGUAAUGAUCCCGCUUGUUUAUAUAAGAACAGUCUCGAUACAGAAGCUUGUUGGGGUUACGAGGAAAAUUGCAAAGCCGCGAAUUUUUUUUCCGUUCCAAAUUGUGCGGGCGACCACAAAGGAUGGGUCGCCACAAAAAAAGCUCAACUAGAUACUUUUUUCACACAAGGCGAUUUUGGAUAUGUACGCGAUCAGAGAAAAGAAAUGAUGCUAUUAUGUCAACCAGUUUUCCAGGAUGAUUCAUCUCUGGAAUGUUCAGAACAUAUGAGAUUUUGCAGAGCACGAAACGUAAUGGUAAAUUUUACAGAUUUAUUAAAUCGUAAAGAACCUAUACGAUAUAAAAUGGACGUUUUAAAAGAAGGUCAAAUUGGUGGUUACUGCAUACUAGACGAAAAGAGACUGCAGGAAAAUGCGGAUCAUAUCAGUCCGUUGCAAUCUUGGGGACCAGAAUUACGCAAUUUUCGAAGGCUACGUCGUAGGCCAAUAAUCGAUGGCGACUGUGAUAUUGUUAUUGAGAAACCGACUUUCUUCAUGAAAAUAGAUGCCACAGUAAACAUGUACCAUCACUUUUGUGAUUUCGUGAACUUAUACAUAUCAUUGCACGUAAAUCUAUCACAUCCAUCUGCCUUUGAUACCGACAACCACAUUUUAAUUUGGGAAAGCUAUAGCUAUCGGUCGGCGUUCCAAGAUACCUUCGAAGUAUUUACAAAAAAUCCACUAUGGGACUUAAAAACAUUCAGAGGAAAGAUCGUAUGCUUCAAGAAUUUAGUGUUUCCCCUUUUGCCGCGAAUGAUAUUUGGACUGUAUUACAAUACACCACUUAUUUAUGGCUGUGAAAAAUCCGGAUUAUUUAAAUCCUUUAGCGAUCACGUGUUGCAUCGACUACAAAUACCUCUAAAUCAAAGACAAGAUCGGAAGAUUCACGUUACAUUGUUGAGCAGAGACACUCAGUACAGAAGAAUCUUAAAUGAAAACGAAUUGGUAAAAGCUUUGAAAGAAAAUCCAGAAUAUAAAGUUAGAAAGGUAGUAUACAAUAAAAACGUGCCAUUUAAAAAACAAUUAGAAAUCACUAGAAAUACCGAUAUAUUUAUUGGUAUUCACGGUGCCGGAUUGACACAUUUGAUGUUUCUGCCAGAUUGGGCAGCAGUAUUUGAAAUAUAUAAUUGCGAGGAUCCUAACUGUUACAAAGAUCUUGCACGAUUAAGAGGUAUGAAAUAUUUCACAUGGAAGGAUACAUCAAAAUUAAUGCAAGAAGACCCGGGAACGCAUCCUGAUGGCGGAGCUCAUGCCAAAUUCACGAAUUACAGUUUCGAUAUCAAAGAGUUCCUGAGAAUCGUUUCGCUUGCAAGAAAUCAUGUAAAAAAUCAUAAUGCGUUUAAGAAGUUUAUUAACAAUAAUUUUCCUACUGAAACACAAAAUGAUACCGAGAUGACAGAUAAUGAGUCAAUGCAAUCUUCCAGUUCGAAAGAAUCAAUCCAAUUACAAUCAGAAUCAAAUAUAUUAUCUAAGGAUGAAUUAUAAAGAAAACUUUCAUAGAUACUAAAAAUUAAAAAUCUUUGCAUAUAUGAUAACAGAAGUGUUACAUAUGUCAUUUGAAAUGUAUUUAGCACUGAUCGAAUUCUUUUUACUUAUUUUUAUAUUAAUGUAAAUAUCUAUUUUAAUAAAAAAAAUGCGUGAUAUACAUGUAUAUAAAUCAGACUAAAUCUGAGUUGUGUAGCUUUGACACUUCUUUAAUUAAAAAUCCUUAAUUAUAAAGUUUGUAUAUAUAAGUAGAAAGUAGCUCUUUAUAUG